AGACGUCAACGAAAUUAAAACAGUGUAAACCAACCAACCCAAGCAACAAAUUAGUCGCUCUAUUCUUACAUUCAACCAACCCAAGUCAAGUCACUUUCAUACACAUCGUUCAUCUUUGGUCCGAACCUCGGGGUUUGAGAGAUGGAGUUGUUCCAGCGAGCGAAGGCGGUGCGGCUGCGCAGCCACCACGACAAGUACCUACAGGCGGAGGAGGACGAGGAGUCGGUGAGCCAAGACCGGAACGGCUCCUCCAAGAACGCCAAGUGGAUCGUGGAGCACGUGCCGGAGUACGACAACAUCAUCCGCCUCAAGAGCUGCUACGGCAAGUAUCUCACGGCGUCCAACCAGCCUCUCCUGCUCGGCGUCACUGGCCGCAAAGUGGUUCAGAGCUUGCCGCGGAGGCUCGAUUCCUCCGUCGAGUGGGAGCCUCUCCGGGAUGGUGCUCAGGUGAAGCUCAAGACCCGCUACGGGAACUUCCUCAGGGCUAAUGGUGGAUUGCCACCGUGGAGGAACUCUGUUACUCACGAUAUCCCCCAUAGGAGCUCCACACAGGAUUGGAUCCUCUGGGAUGUUGAUGUCUUGGAGAUCCAUGUUCACGCGCCUCCUCCUCCGCCUCUUCCUCACUCUGAUUCUCUUGAUUUCGACUCCAGUACCCCUUCUGCUGCUAAUUCAUUCAAAUCAACCAACUUCUCCAGGCAACAGGAGGAGACAGAUAAGGGGAUGUUGCAGCACAAAAACAAAUCGACAGAUUCGAGUGUGGGUUCGCCGCCGAAGAUGGAGGGGAGAACUAUAUACUACAAUGUUGCUGAGGAUACUGGGGAGGUGGAUGAUGAGAACGUGCAGGGAUAUUCGUUGAACUUCAAUGGAAAUGGGGUUCAGCAACUAACUCGUAAGUUUGAGGAAGAGACGGGGCUUGAGGGAGUUAUUGUGUGUACUCGAAGUCCUUUGAAUGGAAAACUUUAUCCUCUUCGCUUGCAGCUUCCUCCGAACAAUGUGACCAUGCAGGUUGUUUUGGUUCUUCCUUCCUCAAAAGUAGCAAAAGAGUUUGAGGAACAAGGUUUACUAUGAUAUGCUAGAUUAUUGAAGUCUUGAAACUAUUUAAAUGCAAGACCUACAUACGUUCUGAUCCCGGCAUGUUUCUAUGUGAUAUACCGUUUACCUGUUUAGUAGCAAAACUACACCUUUUUCAAGUGAAUCCAUCGCAUUUGUAAAGUACAAUUCAUUAAGAUCCAAUGGGGUCAUAUCAGCAAUAUGUCUUCUCUUCAGUUUCUUUCAUCCAGUGGCCUGAAGACGAUUCUGAUGGAGAUGGUAGUCUUUGUUGGACUUCAUAUUUAUAGCACUAGCUUUGGAUUUAGGUGUUUUGUUGUGUUUCUCAGUGUAUUUUUUAAAUGUAACUUUGAUAGACAACUUUUAUGAGAAAACUAGUGGCAUAUGUAUUUUUUGCCAGAUAUAAAUAUCAGAUAUUAAAAACAUUCUUUACUCAGAUAGAA